AAAAAAUUCAUAUAUAUGAAAUGCUAGUUUGAAGCUUGAACCAAACAACCUAGCAACCAAGCCCAAUCGAACUAGUUAGCGAGCUUCAGGCCCCCAUUAAACACGAUAAAAGCCCAGCCGCUACUGGAUCGAUCGUCUUCAACGACGGAAGCAGCUUCGACGUACCACCACCGGACCAUCGCGACCUAAACCCUAGAUCUUGAUUCCCAUGGACGAUUAUUGGCGUUUCCGGCCGAUCCCCGAUGACCGCCAACUCUGCCCAGCCUGCUCUAUUCCCCACUACCCCUUCUGCCCUUCGCCUCCCGCCUUCGCCGCCGAUAACUUCCGCUUCCGAUCCUCCGAUUUCCGUCCACCGCUCUUUGACCGACCCUUCUACAUACCAUCCCCAUCGAGUGGAACGGCGUUUUUAGGGCCGCCGUCUCACCAACCACUUUUUAUCCAUGGAGAGGUGGUUGAUCGGGAGAGUUUCCGGAAGAGGAUGCGGGUGGAAGAUGCGGAGGUCGGAGUUUUCCCUCCCUUCCAACCUUUAAAUCGUGCUUUUUCGGUGGAUGAUGAGCGGAGGCUGAAUCUGAUUCGCGAUCAUGGGAGGGAAGGUACCACGCAAGUGCAUAAUGUAAGUCAUUGGAAUAAUAAUAGCGAUUACCGCAUGGAUGGGGAUGGUCAGGAUGUCUUGCAGAAGCAUUUCGGUAGUAGUGGAAUUAAUCAUGGGUUAUCGGAAUCUGAGAUUUACCCUCGGGAUGGUCGUUUCCACCAUGCUAAGGGUUACGAAGCUUACCCGUCUCAGCCGAUCUAUAACUUGGAUAGGGAAGAUAGGAGGGAUUUUGAACGGAUGGAGUUUGGGUCUGAUAGAAGAGGGCCGUUUGAUUCACAAAUUGGGGGCGACUACUCGUACCGGCCAAGUGCUCAGCUAGAUAGAAAUUUGCAGGCACCUCGGUUUGGUGGAUCUGAUGAUGCUUUGGGCGCUUCACAAAACUUUGCAUCAGUUGUGCCAGGGGAGUAUUUUCGAAAGGAUUCGUGGAGGCCGGGCUCUUAUUCCACUAAUGAUGAUAACACUUCACGAGUUGGAAACUUCAAUGAUCAGCAGCAGACUCCUUAUUCUACGAAUGAUUACAGCUCUUUACGAGUUGGAAACUUCCAUGAUCAGCAGCAGGCUCAUCCUAUGCCGAGCUGCUAUCCUCUUUUGCCAAAGCAACCUUCACACCCUCAUACCGAAGAUCAUCUCACGGCUACUUAUGGCCAAGAGUAUGCCACUCAAAAUCACAUGGAAAGCAAAUCUGAGUUUUAUAAACAGAAGGGAGAGAUGAUGAGAAAUUGCUUGGACGACUGGCGUCCAAUUCCAGGUAAAAUUCAAAAACCCUUGGAUCUACCGACUUAUCCUGCUGUGGAGCAAUUGGGCCCUCACACUAGUAAACAAGCAGGCGAUACACCUGCAGCGGCGUACAUAAACCAUGUGAUGGGUACGUCCAAGCCUGAGCAAGGACAUACUUCUCAAGCAUAUCCCCCUAUUCCACCACAGCCUCUUUUUCCCGUUGCCAACCAUGUGAUGGGUACAUCCAUACCAGAUCAUGGACAUACGUCUCAAGUUCAUCCUCCUAUUCCAGCACAGCCUCUUUUUCCAAUACAGACUGAGGCAUCUCUAUCAAGUCUCCAAGCGACAUCCUCUGUAUCAGCAACGAAUUCUGUUGUAAGCCCUGUUCGAGUGAACACUUUAGCUAAGAGGCUGCUUUCAGUGUAUGGCUCUCAGUCUUUGCCACAGGGAGAGCUCUAUAGUGAUCAUCCUGUGCAGGCAUCCAAAGGGUUUGCUAUUGAGGGUUCACCGUUCAUCCAUCAGCCUUCAUCAAAUUUUGAUGAAAGAAGGCCCUCUUUUCCAGUGAAGCAGUCUUUCAAAGAAAAACCUGCCUACGUUGAUGCUUCUCGCUUGUUUAAGCAGCCCUAUCGAGCAUCGCGGCCUGAUCGUAUUGUGAUAAUCCUUCGAGGACUUCCAGGUAGUGGAAAGAGUUACUUGGCAAAGGCAAUACGCGAUAUUGAGGUUGAAAAUGGUGGAAACGCACCUCGAAUUCAUGCAAUGGAUGAUUACUUCAUGAUUGAAGUUGAAAAGAAGGUUGAAGACAAUGAGGGGUUUAAAUCAACCGGCCCUGUCAGAAGCAAGAAGCAGAUCACCAAGAAAGUGAUCGAGUAUUGCUAUGAGCCUGAAAUGGAAGAGGCUUAUCGAUCAAGUAUGUUGAAGGCAUUCAAGAAGACAAUGGAUGAUGGGAUUUUCACUUUUGUGAUUGUGGAUGACCGCAAUCUGCGGGUAGCUGAUUUUGCUCAGUUUUGGGCAAUAGCGAAGAGGUUGGGUUACGAAGUGUACCUGCUCGAAGCUACAUAUAAGGAUCCAGCGGGUUGUGCUGCCAGGAACAUUCAUGGUUUCAAGCUGGCUGAUAUACAAAAAAUGGCUGAACAGUGGGAAGAAGCACCACCUUUAUAUUUGCAUCUGGAUAUUCAGUCAUUAUUUGGUGGGGAUGAUCUGAUUGACCAAUCCAUCCAGGAGAGAAUGUAAUGAUGGAUCAUAAAGCAUUGACGCUGCUGAUAUAUAUCAUAUGUGUAAGAUUUUUGAUAUACAAUUACGCCAAUGUAUUAUGCAAAUGCUGUUUACGGUUUUCAGGAGCAAAUUUUUCAGUUGAGAUGUUUCUAUGUACUAAACCUAAGAAGGUUUGGUGAAACUCGAUUGUUUCUUGUAUGGAAUAAAACAAUUUAUUAUUAUUAUUAUUAUUAUUAUUAUUAUUAUUAUUAUUUUUGAAGUAUUAUUAGGGAGAACUAUAAUAUAAGUUCUGCAUUUAUGAGAAAAACUAAUUGUUAGAAACUCGUGCUGCAUAAAUAUGACUUUUUGAGAAGACCCAAUGUAUUUCAUACAGUUGGUUGAAAUUUAUUAAUUUCAUUGCCCCUUUCUACAUUAUUGAGCAUAUACAUGCUCCUAGUUUUAUUAACUUCAAUUAUCGAAUAAUGUUCUGAUGCAGACUGGAAAGAUUAAUUACAGAUGGCAUAACAAAGGUAUCUGUGCGUUGGCGCAUAGUUUGAGGCCAUGAUAAUAUGAAGAAUCCCUUUUCCGUGGUUCUCAUUAGGUAGAACUAUACUGUUGUAGAGAGAGAUUCAAGAUAUGCUAUUAAUUGAGCUAAAUUUUAGAAUCCAUUGUAAAUACCCUAGCUCUGUUUGGCAACUGCUGAACUUUGAAGAUCUACUUGCAACGAUGCUGAAAUGGCAAAUUGAGAAACAUUUUAACCCAGUGUGAACGAUUGUCUUUGGCGUGCCCUGGUUUGUGGUAACAUGAACAUGCCAGACCGGAGAAGCAUAUACAGUGAAUUAAGCACAUGGACUAAGAUUUAAUCCUUCAUUUUUGAAAUUGGUCUAGUAGAUGUGACAAAGCUAAACUUACGAGGAUGCCAGAUAGGCAUGCUGGCCGGUCACUGGCUUUUUUUUUCCCUAAAAAGGAUGUGGAACAAAAUUGGGGGCUUGCCUCUUUACAAUCAUUAAUUACAUCAUCUUUCUUACCUUGCUGGUGUAUGUAGCCUAUCUCAUGCUUAGUUUUAUCCCCGUUGUCCCUCUUCCUUUGGUUUUCUUGUCUCCAAUCUCUCUCUUUCCAUUAGAAGGCCUUGGGAUCUACAAGGAGAAGAGAAGAGGCAAGAUUAGAAGAUAGACUAGAGAUGCUUGAGGAAGGAGGAGAAAGUCUUGCAAUACAAUGGAUGGUUUCCUUCAAGUGUUUUAUUUCUUUAUCAUUUAUUUGUUCUAAUUAGGUCUACAGUGGAAAAAUGGUAAAAGCAUUUGGUUGUAGUAGGAAUAAACAAAAUAAAGUCACGUGCUAUUAUCUAUUAGCAGUCAGACAUAAAUAUAAUAAUAUAAAAUAGAAGAUUUUUCAUUACUGCUUCUAGCAUUAAGCAUAAGAAUUGCAGAAAUAAGAAUAGCUUUGGGCAUUAUUGACGUUGCAUUGGUGUGAUUUUGUGUUUUUUUGUAGUUAUGGGGCCCAUUUGAUUGCUUGAAAUUAGAAAAUAUGUUUUGAAAAAUAAUGAAUUUAUGAGAUUAUCAUUUGGUUUAAUGUACUUGGAAAUCAACAUUAAUUUUAAACUCUACAAACACCUUCAAAAGCCCUCGAAUGUGAUAUUUCAACUUCAAAAACAAACAAGCGAAACAAAAUCAUUUUUUUAAGUGAUGUUUUCUAAUUAUAGGAAACCAACUGCUCUUAAUCUAUAUUAAGAAAAGUUCUUAUUUUUAUGGUAUGAGAGAAAGGAUGAGCUACACUAUACUUUGGAAUGUUGUUUUAUUGGCUAUAAUGCCAACGGGGCUGGUUUGACUGGGAGGGGCUGUGAUUCAAAUCCCCUAUUGAUUGAAUCUAACGGACAAGACUCUUCUUCCUUCAAUCCUUGAUCUUCUUUAAUCUGGUACUUUUGUUGGGUUUUAUAGUUGGUUUGUCAUUGCACGAAUUGAUAUGUUGGUCAUUGGUCAACUGAUGUAUCUCGACUUUUUAGAGUUUAUCGAAGGAUAUCCAGAUAAAUCAAUGGAGGAGAGGGGUCCUGACCACUACAGACAGCCUUUACUUUGUGACAAGACUGCUUAUGUCUGCUUCACAUAGCUUUUUGUCAAUUUCAUUGGUAUCUGCUUCUCUUCCAGUUAAUUGUUAGCAGCAAUUGCUAAUGACAAAGGGAGUCAAAUCUAGGUGUUUGGGCUGUGUUAUUGUGAAUGGAAGUGUGUUGGGGCUCAUCAAUUGGCUGAAAAGUGUUGGGAAAGAGUUGGAAAGAUGGUUCCGAUUUAGUGGUUGAGAAGGGAAGUGAUGAGCUUGGUUAUGGUGGAACCAUUAUCUUAGGUUUAGCUGUUAGUGUGAUUUAUUAAUGUUGUUCGCAUAUGGUUAGCUAAUGUUUGUGUUUCGUAUGAUUAUCGGGAAGGCUUGUUCUCAAUUGGUUUACCAUCUAUGUAUGGCAUUGUGGUUGCUUAUUCAGGUAAAUGGGUGAAAAAUUUCAUCCGUCUCCCAUCUAAUUGGGUAAGUUUUUGGUCAAUGUCUUGCAAUAUGUUAGCCAUAUUUAUGCUUGUCCCAAGUCCAGUUUACCUUCUAAAAGUUUUUAUGCUUUAAUGUACCUAACUUGAAGGGUAUAAGAUGGCAAGGCAGGCAAAAUAUGAUUGUUACCGGGCACUGUUGCUGUACGUGAAGCUUAUAAAAGUUCUCGUUGUUGAGACUGCUUUUAGUACUUUGGUUUUUGAAACUAGUUUUUUAAGCAUUUUAGUUGCUUCUUCAUGUCGUGCUAAUUCUGUCAAUUGUCUAUUCUUUAGAAAAAGAUAAAUGGACUGCUAUUUCUUAAAUACAAUUCUGGGACAUGUUUCUAUUAUUCUAUAUGGCAAGCCUUUUUUUAAAAGCAUUUGGCAUUUCCCUUCUUCAAGUUGUUUACCCACUCAAAAAGUUCUUGGUGAAAUUGGUUCUCUUAAGGUAAGGAUAGCUCAGCGGACAAGAUCACUGAGAUCUCUAUGGUUUCUAUACUCUUAAUUGUGCGGUAAUAGAUUAAAAAGUAAAUAAUUAUAUUUGUUUAAGUUUUAGAUGACAAUUGUUGAUGAUGGGCUGGUGGAGGCAUUUGAGUAAAGGUGGAUUGCUGAAAUUAUUUGGAAGAUUAGGAAAGACAAGUGAUAUAUCACAUGUUUAGAAUUUAUUCAAAAUUAUUCAUCUUUAACUUGAAUGAACGGUAAAUGCUGCUCUCAAUUUGAAUGAAUGGUAAUAGAAGACAAGCAUCUGCUGUUGAUGAUGAGGGACACAUAAUUUUCAUUAGGCUGUCAUAGUUUUAUAGGGCAGUUUGAUUGUUUUUAUCUCCCAACGUAUUUACUUUUUCAGAUUGCUUCUAUUAUUUCUGUUUAUUCUUAAUCUGUUUUAAAACAGAAUUCUUCCAAUGUAUUGGAUUUCCCUUAAAUCAUACUACACGAAAUAGUUGUACUAGUCUGUAGUUCCCCUUUUCUAGAUGCCUAGAAUUAUGUUUUCUUUUA